UUCACAGUAGUGUCAAACCAAAAUACUCAUAAAAUAAGUAAGAUUCCAAAGAUUGCCGAGUGCUGGUGAUCGCUGAAAGCCUCCAGGAAAGCAACUGAGCUCGAACCUUAUCCGUUCCAGAAACCCACCGAGAAAUCUUCGAGCAGUGACAAUGGAGGAACAAACGCCGGCGAUACCGAUUUCUGAAGAUUUAUCCCGGAAAAUAAUCUCUCUCGCCGCCGGUGAAGCGCAUACUAUCGCUCUGACUGGCGAUGGAUGUGUUUACUCAUGGGGAAGAGGAAUGUUCGGCCGUCUUGGCACGGGUAGGGAAUCGGACGAGCUUGUUCCAGCUCGAGUCGAGUUCGAGUUCCCAUUAGAUCAAGCGUCCGGAGAUGGGCCCCGAAUCGUUGGUAUUGCUGCUGGUGCUUAUCACAGUCUCGCCGUCUCAGCUUUUGGCAGAUGAUGGCUCAGUUUGGUGUUGGGGUUACAACAUUUGUAUCCUUUAUCUGCGUGUCUAACUUGAUAUGACUUUUUUUAUCACUACAUAAUUCAUCUUCUGCUCUCUCCUUGACUGAUAAAUGGAUGGCCAACUUGGUUUUGAUGGGGAGAAUUCCUUGGCACCGUGCUUGAUAAAAAAUUUGUUUGAUCAAGAAGCAUCUAGUUCUUCUCUAAUUGAUUCAGAUAGAGAAGCUAGAUCAGAUUUAAAGGUUUGUGCUGUCAAGGCCGGAUCCAUGAUGUCACUUGCCAUUGAUAAUGUCGGAGGUCUUUGGAUGUGGGGCAAUGUUCCGCCACAAGCCAGCGGACCUGAGCCUCGUUUGUCUUUUACAAGCGUCCCGAUUCCUUUUCCUAUACUGGAGUUCCAUGGCCGGACUGUUUUGAAGGUAGCAUGUGGGGAUGAACACGUUGUUGCCGUUGUUGGACCUAAGGAGGUCAUCCACAAAGACAACAGUUAUGAUGAAUCUGUGUUGUACUCUUGGGGAAAUAACCAUCAUGGCCAGUUAGGGCUUGGGGACAGAGAAAGCCGUGCAAGGCCUCAGAUUGUGGAGAUGUUUAACCAGAGCUCUGGUCUUACAUUCUACGACGUAGCUUGUGGUGCUCAUCACACAGCUCUCCUCACCCAUAGAAAAGAGGCACCAAAAGGACCAACCACUUGUUGGACAUUCGGAUUUGGUGAAAAUGGUCAACUAGGUCAUGGGAGUACCAAGAGCUCAUCGAUUCCAGAGCCAGUUUCAGAGCUCCCAGAACACGCUUGCUUAGUUUCUGUAGACUGUGGCUUAUUCCACACAAGCGUUGUGUCAUCUGAGGGAUAUGUGUGGUCGUGGGGAAUGGAGAGGGGAUUAGGGCUAUGCCCUGAUGUCAACUUCACAGACGUGGAAGCAGGAGAUGACAGUAUGCCAAGAAAGAUUUCGGGCGGGUCAAGAUUUCGUGACCCAGUUCAAGUUUCUUGCGGGGCUGCACAUACAGUUCUUGUGGCAAAUGGUGGUUACAAGCUGUGGUCUUGGGGAAGAGGAAGAAAUGGAGUGCUCGGGACCGGGAAUGUCAUCGACUGUUAUGUUCCUACACUCGUCUUCUGGCCAAAUGAGCUGAAACCGAACGAUGAAGAGGUACCCGAACCUGAUGCUGCUGGGGGAAAAAGCUCAUCAACAGAGGAGAUGAAGCGGCUAGAAUCAAAGCUAAUGGUGAUGGAGAGAUACGCAAGCAUACUUCAUGGAUCCAUAUUCGGAAAACCUUUCAAUGAAGAGGAAGAUAUCCCGUACUCGUUGCGGGUCACCGGGUACUUCGAUAUGGGAAAAGAGUGGGGAGAGAUGGUGGAGAGUGCAGAUAAGAGUCAGCUUAUGAGGCUUCAGGCUUUCUAUGAAGACAUGAUUGGGAGGGUUAAGGACAAGUUGUUGCAGCGAAGGAUUCAGGAGAUUAUGAAAGAUUGUCUUCAGUCUUCAGCCCCUAAACACUAGUAAUAGCAUCCAUCACCUGUUGUCUGCUAAUAGCAUAAUAACUUUAUUAUAAAAGAUUGUCUUUAUUGGUUUGUUCGUCGUGUUAUACAUUUUUAAUUUCAACAACUGUGUUUGUGACAAAUUUUGCCAUACGGCCCAUAACUAUAAUCCAUCAUCGAAUCCAUCAUUCAAUUUACGUU